CCUGAAUAUGAACACAUUCAGGACAUCUAGAUUCUAAAUCCAGUGGCCGAUACCAUGGCGUCUUUUCUUGGGAUAUGCUUUCAAACCCUCGAUUGAUUUUGCAGGCAGUUUCUUGAUGCUGUAUUAAAUGGGAAGAUUUGAGAUGAAGGCAUAUUCAUGCAUCUACAGAUUUCUAGUGAUGUCGUUGUCAAAGUGAGUUGUUCUCAAACAUUCAAGUAGCAAUAUUAAUAUGUGUUUAAAUUGGAAAUGUCUGAAUUUAGUAUGGUGGAAUCUCAUGGAUGUUGUUUUUAAUUGCUUGUUUAAUUCCAAAAAUAUAGAGAGGAGGUGGUUGAUUGUUCGGCUUAUCUUUGAGAUAGGUUAACAGGGUAUAUUCUGGUAAUAGUUGAUUAGCUAUUUAUUAUUCAUAAAAUAUUUAGCAUUUACUGUAACGAAACUUCAAAAUAGGAGAUAGAAUGAGCAUUAGUUGGUGUAGUUAUUGUAAUCCAGGGUUUAAGUGACUGCAUGCAUUUUUUACCAAAAAAAAGAAGUGACUGCGUGUAUAAAUUGUACCAUAAUGUACCAGUAAGCUACCAGUUUAGGCAUGCCCCUUGUGUGAGUGUGAUACCGGACACAUUGUAUGCACUUCUGUAUGUCGUCACCGAUAGUUGCAUCAUGUGUCAAUAUGGUGUCAUACUUUGCCAACCCAUAAUGUACCUGAUGCAGGGUAGGGGCCUAGUGCAAACUUCAGAGUACCAGCAAAAGACUAAAGCAGGUUAUGCAAUAAAAGUAAAUAUAAUUGAAAGCAAUUAUCAAUUUGAAAACUAAAGGCUAAGGGCAUAAUGCUAAGAAAGAAAUUACAAGAAAGGAUGACCAGCAGCUUCUUGCUACGAAGAAGGCCUCAUUGUCGCUAAGUGCUCAUCCAACUAACGCCUUCGAGAUGCUCCAUGACUAAGGACUCCACCAACUAGCUGCUUUGCUGAUUCCUAGAAAUAGAAUCCGUGAGGGUUGUGCAGAGUUUUCCAUGUUGAAAGAGAACACCAAAGUGUACCCAUAAAAGAAGCUUUAAUAAUUUUUCAACAUUCAAAGCUAAGUACAAGAGGGGCAUAUUUAUAGGCUAUGGGGUUUCCUACAAUGCCCGGAAUAUCUAGGUACCCCAAGAGUCCGUAAGGAAUAAGAAAAACAACUCCUAAGCUAACUAGACUAAGUAAUCUCGUUGCUUGGCCUUCUAGGAGCAAUGGUGAUCUAUCUGCAGUUAGUUGCCUUUCAAUUGCCUUCAGAUGAUCUGAUGGUGAGGAGGAGUACCAUCAUUUGCCUGGGAUUUGGAGGUGUGAAUCCUUCGGACAGUAGGCUGCUACUAUCAGAUGCCUUCUAAUGGUGGAUGGUGCAUUGUUGGUAGGGUUCUCAGGUGCAAUGUCACCAUCAGAAGCUUUUUGGGCCCUGAUAAUUUGUUCUUGGGCACAUUUUGAUCUCGGCCUGCAUCAAUACCAUACCAAUAAGGUUGUCGUAUGGUUACUGGUACUAGUACUCAAAUCCUUGGCUUCAAUAAUGGGACUUAAGCCUUUGAAACCUUCUUAUGUGAAAGGUGUCUAUGAACUCUAGAAUGAUUUACAACACGGAGGAGCAAUGUGCCAGAUUGUAAUCAUGGGAACAAUAAAUGAGUGACAAAAUGUUACCAAUUUAACCUAUUUCCUUUUUUUUUUGGGUAGGAUAAUGCAUGCAUAUCUUUCACUAAUGAUGGUUGCUUUGAUCGGGUCAACCAUUUUUCAUAAUGUAUUUGAUUCUUGGAGUAUUUAGUAUAAAAAACAAAAAUUUCUAUGCUAACAACUCUGAUGAUCGACUAUUGUCAACACACGAGUGUAAUGCAACUACUGACAUUUAGAAAAUUCAUCUUCACAUGUUUAUAUUUUCAAUUUCCCCUCAUGUGCAUUGCAGUGGACAAAACUAAUAAAACUAUAAAUUAGACCUAUUUGUCAUUUUGGAAGCUAAGCUAUGCUAUGCUGAUAUCCUCCUACAACAUGUUAUGUUACAUUAAGAAUCAUAUAUUACAUCCACCUAGAUGACUAAGUAUAUGUUUGAAAGGAUAUUUUCUGUAGCUCAGAUUAUAAACAAUUGGGCUUCGCAAAUAUCAACACCAUAAACUCUUCCUUCUUUAGCAUGAGUCCAUCUUGUAAUUUGUUUUCUUUCCUCCUACAUCACUGGUGUCAUUCAACAAAUUUUGAGAACUCAUGUUCCUUAGUGUCUUUAACCAAGGCCUUGCUAUUAAAAUUGUCACACAUUCACAUAUUUUAGCUAACUUCUAGCAAUUAUCUUGAGCCCUGAGCCUUCGACUAGGAACCUUUGUUAUGUCUCUAUUUUGUCAAAAUCCCAUCAGUUUUCUCAUUGACCUACAAUAUUGUGGAUAAAGCAGCUCCAUGAUUAAAUCUAGGAUGUAUUGGUUUACUUGUUCAAAUAUUGCAUACUAGUUGGCUGUCGUCCAUACAAGAAGGUGACAUACAACAUUGCUUGCCAAGCUAGUGGAGAGCUAGUCAGAUUCACCUUAAUGAAAAAUUCUUGUUGCAGGACCAAACACAAACUUCUUAUAAUUCUUAGAAGAUGGAGAAAUAUACAUUCAGCCAUGAAUUAGAGAUAAAACAUAAAGGUUGCAUUGCUAAAGCUUCUUCAGCAAUAAUCUACUUUUGGAAUAUAAAAUAUAAUCACUGCUAUCUUACUAGAAGCUUUCGACCAUCUUGUAAUGCAUGUGGCAGCACAGACUAUUUGUUUGGCUACCUCCAAAUGGUAAUUUGAGCUUUGAAGUAGCUUCGGGGGUCCCGAGGUUUUAUUCUGGCAGUUAACGAACAGCUUGUCUGGAUUUUUUCUGUAGUCAUAAAAUUUGAGCUUGUCAAGGUAGUUUGAUGCUCUUGGGUGGUAUUCAUGUAUUAUUUUAAUAUUUGGUCAGUUCCCUUUCAGGAUUCAUUGCAAAGUAGAUGCUUCUUGCUCUGUCGACCGGCAAACUCAGAAUGAACACAUUGCAUUGCCUACGAUUAAGGCUUAAUGCCGUUUGCCCUGGCUGCCAUCUCCUGAAGCAACAGAAUUUUGUGACUUUACCCUGAAGUCUAUAAAAGUUAACCUGCAGUCUAAUAUGCUUUUUGUUAUUCAUAAUUUAUUUAGAUCUGGCAAAAAAAAAUCAAUCAGCAAGGUUGCUGAUUUAGGAUUGCAUGCACUGGUUUAUCAGUUUUUGCUGAUUUUAUCGGUUUUAAACACUAGUUAGUUGAUCUUUUAUUCAAAAGUAUUUCUCCAUUGCAUAGACUGCAACAUACUUAUUCAGUAAAUAAUAACAAAGAUCAUGAAGUUAUCGGGAAAGGAGGAAAUAAGGCUUAUUGCUUAACAUCAUAGAAAUAAUUGGGAUGUAUGGCUUCUGUUCACCAGUCUAGCACGUUGUCAAGGUCCAUGAAGAGCAGUUGCAAGUGCAUAGCAACUAGAUUUUCAUCCAAGCCUUUUGAUUUUGGCACUAUUUUUCAGAUGUGCGAUUUUAUAGUUUCAUCUUAUUAGGUGCAUUUAUACUUAUUUCAGUUUCACUUGCCAUCUUAUUUGUCAUAUAUCAUAUGAUUUUAGUAUUUUUCUUGUCCUUGUUUUUUAAAAAAAUUUUCUGAUGUCUUGUUCUUGGCGGGGCAUUAGGAUUUAAAACAAAGACAAUUUCAUUCUUCAAAAAAAAAAAAAAUCAAUUCUAAGUUUUCAUGUGAUAUGCUGUUGUCUGAAUUCAUAAGGCACCUUUUGUUCUAGCCUGCGAUCUAUAAAAUUGUAGAACAUCUGGUAACUAGUUACAACAUAUUUAUCUUUGUUAUUUUUCUACAAGUUAUUCAGUCCUAUAAUUUGUGCUAUAAUUCCCGGUGUACAACUUUUUGAAGUAGGAAGCGUUACAGCUUUCUUCACCAUAGUGAUGCCUUUGGUACCGUAUAUGGUCAUAAUAGCCCAACUUAUUAUUAGUGCAACUGCUUGUUUCAUCAUGUUCUUUUACCUGCAUUAUCUUUGUUUUCAUGGAUUUCUUUAUUCUAGAUCCAUAUUAAAAUUCCUAGUAUGGUGACUUUGGAGAUGGGGGAUUCCAGUUAUGAGAAUAUAUCACAGAUUGAUUUAGUAAAUCAGAAACUUUUUAUUGUUAAUACAAUUUGAUGUAUUUUAAAUAACGGCAUUCCAUAAGAACUGGAGAAGGAAAAAGAUAUUUGUAGAAAAGUUCCUAUGAAGUUCAUAAGAGAAAAACAUCUACUGGGGUUACACUAUGGGACUUCGCUUCCAUUGCUCAGUUUUGCUCGUGGAUGUUUCUAUACAAGGAAUGUAUAAUGUACUUAUCCUACAACACACACACACACAAAAAGCUGGUAUAUGUAAGUGAAAAUUUCAUGACACUGACAGAAUUAGCCACAUGCAACAAACAAAAUGUCAGAAUGCUGUCAUCAAAUUAGAAGCGGUAUGGAGAUAAUCCAAAACAACAAAAUCUAAAAAUUCAAUCAGCAAUAAAAUCACAAAGCUUCAUCAUGUUGGAAAUAAAUGUUAAAAUUACUGGUUGCACAUAACCUCUUGCUAAUUAUGGUUUAGGCCAUACUUAGUAACUUUAGUUGAUUCACUAGCAUGUAUGCAAUCUUGAGGAUGAUGGAUCCAGUAUAAUGUUGUGCUUUAAAAGGGAGAACUUUAUCUGAUUAUAUGCAUUCAUUGAGCUUGAAAAGGAAGUACUUUAUCUGAUUAUAUGCAUUCAUUGAGCUUACAUCUAUUCUCAAAGCCACCAUGUACAGGUAAGGUCUUUAAAGUAUAUUUUAAGAUCUAUGUGCUUUGAGGACACUUAGCAAUAAAAAUCCACACAUUAUGUUGAUGCAGGCUUAAUGUACCUUUAUGUUUCUAAAUUUGCACAGAAAUACCUAGAAAUAAAAAACUUGGAGUGCUGAGAAACUCAAGAACGUCUCUUACCAUAACAAAUUGUCUUGGCGAGUAGGAAGCCUACUGACUAAUGGGAGAUGAUAUGAAGUAUUUUUGGUGAUCUUUCCGUGCUGCAUGUUGAAGGCCAGAAACAGUGAUGAAGGUAAACUUCGUAGAAUUGCUCGAUGUGUUAAUAAUGGAGACUUGACUUUUCUGAAACCUAUUGGUAAAGACAAUCUCCCAAGUAGCAUGUUAUUUCUAGUGCAAAUGAAACAUGUAGUUCAUCUUGGAAGAUUUAGUGGUAGCCUGCUGAUCUGAGCAUAAUCGCAUAAAAAAUUUGAGGGAACUGUUGGUUCUAGAGGCUUGAAAGUCAUUUUAGCAAAAUGAUAAAGAGGGCUGCUCAAUGGAUUUCAAUAUAGAAGGACAUACACAUUGUUAUAAAGUUGAACUGCUUGGUAUCAUUGUUAGUUGCGAUGUUCUCAAUGCCCCACGUUUCCCAAACUCUGAUGGAUUUAAUAAAAUCAUAGCUGCAUUUCAUUUAGCUGUCUGUCUAUUGUUUUGAUGAAACUGGAUAGUCUGAGCCCAGCAGAGGUCUCAUUUUGGAGAAAUUCCAUCCCUUUGUGCAUCUGCCAUUUUCUUUAUAUCAGCUAAUGGAUGGAUUCUAUCAGCUGAGAAUAUGUAAAUGAUCCUUCACUUCUUUUUGGUGCAACCUAGGGUGAUAGAUGAAGAAUCUGAGUUGGCUAUCAAAAAUUCUGAUCUAUAAUUUCUCUUUUCAACAGGGCAACCAAGUUACGGAAAUGGUUUUUCUUGUGUAGAAAGUUAUGGCACUAACUUCUGUGAGGCAACCUUACUUGUGUACAUUUCGUACUUCUGCAAACAAGCCGAUGUUUUAACACCUACAUUUAAAAAAAAACAAAACAAUGCAUGCUCGCUUAUUCCACAAUUGAAUUGAUUAAACCAUCGAGGGGUUGUGAUAAUAUGAAUACAAUAACAAAUUACUAAUGCUUUCUUUUGUCACAAAUCAAAAGCACUGGCUCCCUCCCUAGGACUUCUUUCUUAUGCAAAGGUUCCGAAAUGUAAAUUAUAAUAAUUUCGACAAGUAUUUUAUUGUAACAGAAUGUGUCAUGUGACGUCAAGUUGAAGUUUUGGACUGCUUCGUUUUCCUACUCUGGAUUAAGGAAGAAAAAUAGAUUAAAAGGUGGGAAAAAUGGCUCGCUACUUUCUACGAACAGAUGGGCCUUUCAAAAGGCGGGCCGGGUCAGUUUCAGCCCGGGUCCACCUUGGGAGGUCGGACCGCCCAAGGUACGGUCCAUCUAUGGAGCAUCCCGAAACCAAGCCGGCGGUUUCGCUCAUAAACAUGUCGUGGUCUGAAAGAUCCCGAAACUAACGGCUUGGCUCGCUCCCUCGCCCCGUGAAUUCUUCAACCCUAGAUCAGAUCGAGGUGUUUCGGGGGGUGGGGAAACCUCAAGGUUUCGAUCUUUCUCCACUGUUCCAUUAUCCUGGGGUUUCAAGAGUGAGGUUUUAUUGAUGGAGAGGCUGGGGGACGACGUGCUAGGGCUGGUGAUGAAGAGGAUCACCGAUAGGACAGACCGCAAAUCUUGUUCGGAGGUCUCGAAGCAGUGGACGAGGGUGGAGGGCCUCACCCGCACUUAUCUUCGAGUCCUCGAACCUGCAACCAUGCCUUCUUUCCUCCCAAGGUUCCCGAAUCUGGUAACCCUCGAGACCGGCAAGAGAAUUCCUGAUUUCAGCCUUGAGAUCUUGGCAAGAACGUGCCCCAACCUCCGAACCCUUAACCUGAAUGUCCAUCUAAACCUCACGGUGGUUCGAGAAUUCGAGGACUUGGCAUUGGAUGAUGUCAGCGAUAAUGGGUUGCGUGCCGUCGCUGCCGGGUGCCCGCGGCUGAUGAAUGUCGCGCUAAGAAGGAGAAAAGGAAUCGGAGAUGUUGGUGUUGUUGCCCUAGCAAGGAAUGCCAGGAAUUUAUCAGUUCUUGAUUUGUCAUGGUGUGAUAGCAUCACCAAUGAGGCGAUCUGCGCGAUUAGGACGCUGAGCUCGUUGACAGUCUUGUGCCUCCAAGGAUGUGCCUUGGUCACAGAUUCGGGCUUGUCUUAUUUGGCGAUUGGAUCGUCCUCGAGAACUCUAAGGAAACUGGAUCUCUCUGAAUGCGAUCAGAUUACAGAUGCUGGUGUCUGUAUGUUGUCGGAGAUGUCUUGUUUGCAGGAAUUGAGUCUGGCAGAGUGUGGCCCAGCAAUUACUGAUGUAGGUGGUGUUGCCGUUUCUGCAGUUCAUAGUCUCACGAGAUUGGAUUUCUCAUGGCUCAUUAAUCUAUCAGAUGUGACGCUCUUUGCUGUGGCUCGCAACUGCAGGAAUCUGGUGAAGUUGAAUGUGACAGGUUGCGAACUGAUCACUGGUGAGGGGAUCCGAUCAUUCUCAGGCCACGGGUCAUUGGAGAUCCUGGUGUUAGUUUCUUGUUGUAAUAUCUCUGCUGAUGAUGUUGAGCAUACGGUUCUGGAAUGCCGGUCUUUGAGGUAUGUGGGGUUGGACAGGGCGCUAAAGGGCUGGAUGUCAUCUUCAGUGCAGGAGAAGCUUAGUCAGAUGUGCAGGAUAGAUUGGUUCUGAGAGGCCGAUCCACUGACUUGUGUUGGUGGUUCGAUGCCUGCACCUUGAGGUCUAUUUGUUUUUCUUUUUUCCUUUUAUUUUGCUUUUGAAUUGUCAUGAUCUUUUAUAUUUAUUAUGUCUGCGCUUUUAUACGGUUGCAAGUUAAUUGGAUGAUUUUCGGCACAAUUCAAGUUCUA